AUUUCCUCUCAGAUUCUCCCACUUUCCUUUCCUUUGCCAUUUUCUCAGGAAAAAGAGAGAGAGAGAGGGGACAGGCUUGAGCAAGAAAGCAACCAGCUUUCUCCUCCGCCGUAUCUUCUUUUUCCUCUGCUCGAAUGAGCAAGAGGAACAGGAUAGAGUUAACCCCAACAAGUAAAAAAAAAAUUGAAGUAAAAGUGACAAUUAAGAACACUAAAAGGAAAAGUGGAAGCCUUUUGCUUUGCCUUUAAUUCCUCCGGUAUGGGUUUGAAGCUCAACGAAACGAAGAAUGUGGCUGCGGCGGCGGCUGCAGGAGCUCUGUUUUUUCUAGGGUUUCUGGUGUCCUCUGUUUCUGGGUCUGUCUCCUACGACAGCAGGGCAAUUACUAUCAAUGGCCAGAGAAGAAUCCUGAUCUCUGGAUCCAUUCACUAUCCCAGAAGUACUCCUGAGAUGUGGCCAGAUCUAAUUCAGAAGGCAAAAGAAGGAGGCUUGGAUGUGAUUCAGACAUAUGUUUUCUGGAAUGGGCAUGAGCCCGCUCCUGGAAAAUAUUAUUUUGAAGGCAACUAUGAUCUGGUAAGGUUUAUCAAGCUGGUCAAACAAGCCGGACUCUACCUUCAUCUCAGGAUUGGCCCUUACGUUUGCGCUGAAUGGAACUUUGGUGGCUUUCCUGUUUGGCUCAAGUACAUUCCAGGCAUCAGCUUCAGGACAGACAACGGCCCUUUCAAGGCCCAAAUGCAAAGAUUCACCACAAAGAUUGUGAACAUGAUGAAAUCUGAAGGGCUUUUCGAAUCUCAAGGUGGUCCGAUAAUUCUCUCUCAGAUUGAAAACGAAUACGGACCAAUGGAGUACGAGCUCGGUGAACCAGGACGAGCUUACACCAACUGGGCAGCUAAGAUGGCUGUGGGGCUCGGCACCGGUGUCCCGUGGGUCAUGUGCAAGCAAGACGAUGCCCCCGACCCUAUUAUCAACACCUGCAAUGGCUUCUACUGUGAUUACUUCUCCCCGAACAAAGCGUACAAGCCCAAGAUGUGGACCGAAGCCUGGACUGGAUGGUUUACAAAGUUUGGAGGUCCUGUUCCUUAUCGUCCUGCUGAAGACAUGGCCUUUGCCAUUGCAAGGUUUAUCCAAAAGGGUGGAUCUUUCAUAAACUAUUACAUGUAUCAUGGUGGGACAAACUUUGGAAGAACUGCUGGCGGUCCAUUUAUCGCAACCAGUUAUGAUUAUGAUGCUCCCCUUGAUGAGUACGGAUUAGAGAGGCAACCCAAAUGGGGGCACUUAAAGGAUUUGCAUAGAGCUAUAAAGCUAUGUGAACCAGCCUUAGUCUCGGCUGAUCCCACUAGAAUACCUCUUGGACGAUAUCAAGAGGCUCAUGUUUUCAAUUCGAAAUCUGGAGCUUGUGCUGCAUUCCUUGCAAAUUACAAUACAAAAUCUUAUGCGACAGUUUCUUUCGGGAACAAUCACUACAACCUGCCUCCGUGGUCUAUCAGUAUACUUCCAGACUGCAAGAACACAGUUUACAACACAGCAAGGGUUGGCGCUCAAAUUUCGAGGAUGAAGAUGGUUCAGGUACCUGUCAAUGGAGGAUUAUCUUGGCAGGCUUACAACGAAGAUCCUUCGUCCUAUGAUGAAGAGUCCUUCUCAAUGGUUGGAUUGUUGGAGCAAAUAAACACAACAAGAGAUGCUUCGGACUAUUUGUGGUACAUGACUGAUGUGAAAAUUGAUGCCAAUGAAGGAUUCCUGAAGACUGGGAAGUAUCCCACUCUUACCGUCUUAUCAGCAGGCCAUGCUUUGCAUGUCUUCGUCAAUGGCCAGUUAUCUGGAACUGCAUAUGGAAGUUUGGACUUUCCCAAGCUAACAUUUAGCGAAAGUGUGAAUCUUAGAGCCGGUAUUAACAAGAUCGCGUUUCUAAGCAUCGCUGUUGGUCUCCCGAAUGUCGGUCCACAUUUCGAGAGAUGGAAUGCUGGUGUUCUCGGUCCGGUUUCUCUGAACGGUCUGAACGAAGGAAGGAGAGAUCUUUCAUGGCAGAAAUGGACAUAUAAAGUCGGUCUCAAAGGAGAGGCUUUGAGUCUUCAUUCGCUCAGCGGGACAACCUCUGUCGAAUGGGCGGCAGGUGCAUUUGUGGCACAGAAGCAACCGCUUACUUGGUUCAAGACUACUUUCUCUGGUCCAACCGGGAAUUCGCCGUUGGCUAUAGAUAUGGGAAGCAUGGGAAAGGGUCAGAUAUGGAUCAACGGGCAGAGCCUCGGGCGAUACUGGCCUGCGUAUAAAGCAUCCGGUUCUUGCAGCGAGUGUUCUUAUGCCGGUUCUUUCGAUGAGAACAAAUGCUUGCGAAACUGUGGAGAGGCUUCUCAAAGAUGGUAUCACGUUCCACGUUCGUGGCUGAAACCGAGCGGCAAUCUAUUGGUCGUGUUUGAGGAGUGGGGAGGGGACCCGAACGGGAUAUCGUUGGUUAGAAGAGAAGUGGACAGCGUGUGUGCUGAUAUCUACGAGUGGCAGCCUACGUUGAUGAACUAUGAAAUGCAGGCUUCUGGAAAAGUUAACAAACCGUUGCGUCCGAAAGUGCAUUUGCAGUGUGGCGACGGACAAAAGAUGAGCGCCGUCAAGUUUGCGAGCUUCGGCACACCCGAAGGGACCUGCGGAAGCUACCGCGAAGGAAGCUGCCACGCUCUCCACUCCUACGACGCUUUCAACAGAGUGUGUGUGGGGCAGAACUGGUGCUCGGUAACAGUGGCGCCGGAGAUGUUUGGCGGAGACCCUUGUCCCAACGUCAUGAAGAAACUCGCGGUUGAAGUCGUUUGCUCCUAAAACCAAGAAACAAAACUCAAACUGUACAUGGUUUAUCAGUUAAGAAAAGGACGCGCCUUGGCAUUCUCACGACACAUUCUUAUUAUUGUUAUUGUUUUAUGUUCUUAUGAAGAAUUAGCCGAUUGGGCUUUCCUCGCGGUGGAAGUUGUACAAAGGAAAGAACAGGAAACUGCAGAUAGGUCCAGGCUGAAAUGUAAACAAGGUGUGGAGGGCUGAAGAAGCACAUUUGAGGCAAGACCAGAGAGCCCAUGUCAUGUCUGGAUUCUUCUUGGUUUAGGACGAUUCCUUUCUCUGUUGUUUGUAACUGAACUGAAGAUCACACUGCGCAAUCUUCUCAUUUGCCAAUUGCCAGGUUCAUUAUGUACGUGCAAAAUAUAUACAGGCGGUAUGUGCAAAACUUAA